AUGGGCAGCGCGAUAGGCGGUGCAAUGGGCGCCGCGGUCGGCGGCGCCAUGGGCGGCGUGUCGCACCUUUCCAACUGGCUAAACGAGCUCCCCGCGAAAGCCGUGCGCCAGGUGGGGGGAGAGCAACGCGGGAGGUCGGCGGCGGGGAUUGGCGGAGCGGAGAAAGGAGGGGGGGUUGCGCGGAGCAGGUCGAAAUCCCCGCUGAUGGGUCGAGCUAUUUCUCGCGAUGGCGGCGGCGGAAGCGCCGUUGAGCGGAGCCGCUCGAAGUCCCCCAUUCUCUUCCGCGGGGCCUCUGUUCCUGAUGCACCUGGCGGAGAUUUUGCAGGCGGAGGUUUUCCCCGCGCGGAUUCCUCCCGCGGGGGGACGGGGAACAUGCGCGGAGGGCCACAGCCAUCGCUGCAGCGAAUGCGCACGCCUGAGGCGGAACGGCCUGGCGGACCUGCUAAUCAGGCUCGGCAUGUCCGGGUGAGCGGCUCGGGGUCUGGAGGUUCGGAAUCCGGAGGCUCGGGAUCUGGAAGAUCGGGAACGCGAGCGCCCGUACAAGCCGCGCGCAGCGGAUCAAGAUCGGGGGAAGGGGAAGAGCUGCGGGUGGCGCGGGACGGCAGCGGGCGGAGCUCUGCUGGCGGCAGCGGUAGGGAGGGCGGCAGCGGUAGGGAGGGCGAUAGUGGACGGCACGGCGGCGGCGGUGGCCGGCAGGCUGGUGGCAGCGGCCGGUCGCAGGGGGGCAGCGGUCGUCAGGAAGGUGGCAGUGGCCGGCAGGCGAACGUUCGUGGGCGGCAGGAAGUGGGAUACGGGCGGCACGACGAGCAUGGCACGGAGAGGGAGCAGAAUUUUGGGCGGCAGAGGAGGGAGAAUGGGCGGGGAAGUGGGAGUGAUGGCAGCAGUGAUGGGAACUGGGACUUUGUGGAGCAAGUCGAGGAGCACUAUAGAGGGGAUGGUUGGAGGAAGAGAGGAGACGGCGCGGGACGGAGAGAGAGGGAUGAUUCGAUAAGAGAUGAAAGGGAAAGGAGUGCGACUAGAACGGGGGAUGGAAGAAGUGGGAGGAGUGAGAGGAGUGAGAGGAGCAGUAUGAGGAGCAGUAUGAGUGGUAGUGGGAGGAGUGACGACGCGGACAGUGAUUAUAGCGGGAGUGGGGCUGGGAGUGUGAGGUAUUUUCCGGAGAGAGGGGGGAGUAAGAAGAGGCCUACUUGGAUGGAGGAGGAUGGGGAUGAUUUUUUCGAAGAGGAGGGAGAGGAGGACGAGGAGGAGAGAGAUGAGGGAGAGGACGGAGAAGAGGAGAGGGAAGAGGGGGAAGAGAGAGAGGGGAUGGAGAGGAGAGGUGGGGAGCGGCGCGGUCAACAGACGCGCCAAAGGCAGAUUCAGUUUGAUCUGCCAGCUGGUAGCCAGGACAGAGAGGGGGAGCGAGGGGGGGUGAGUCCGUUUGGGGUGGGGGGUGAAGGGGCGGGAGGGGGGAGGGAGACGGAGGGUCCAUCUUUGGCUGACGCCUUAGAGGAGGAGAAGCAGCGGCGGCUGCGACUGGUGUCCCCCUCGUUUGCUUAUAUUCUAAACGAAGUGGGUGAUGACGAGGAUGAGGAGGAUGAGGCAGAGCAGUUGGAACAGCAGCAGGGACAGCAGGGGCAGCAGGGACAGACGCAGCAGCAGGGGGAGAAGCAGCAGCCGAGUGGUGUGGAAUCGGAGGAGCAGCGCAGGCUGCGGCUCAUCUCACCAUCCUUCGCCCACAUCUUGAAGGAAAUCGACUCAGACGAUGACGAGAACGAGGGUGACGACGCUGCUGCUAAUGCUGGUGCAGAUGGUAGAGAUACGAGGGACCAUGGGGUUACCAGUGGCAGUGCUGGCAGUGGUGGUCAUGGUAAUGGCAGCAGCAGCAGCAGCAUCAGUCGCACUGGUGGCGGGGGCGGGAGCGACCUGUCUUUUGACCUCUCUGCUGCACACCGAAACUCGCGCUCCACUUGCUCCCUGCCCUCCCCAGGUGCCGCCUCCCCCAGAAGCACCUCCCCCGAUGCACUCUUCCCCCGCCCUGGCUCCCCCUGGCACAGCAGGAGCUGCUCUGCUGCUUCCGCUGAGCUCUCCCCGCGCCUGUGGGGGGGAGGGCGCGGGGGGAGAGGGGGAAGCGGGGGGAGGGGAGGAGCGCCGGGGGGAAGGGGCGGAGGGAGAGGAGACGGGGGCGAUGGAGGGGGGUGGGGGAGGAUUGCGGGGAUAGGGGUUGCGCGGAUGGGGAGUGAAGGGGAUUGGGAGCGGGGGAGGGGUGGAAGCAACGAGGACAUUUUUCUGGUUGGUGGCUUCUCAAGAAGCAGGGAGCCGUCACCGUCCAAUGGGGGGCUGCCACGUAGCAUGAGUGCAACGGUGGUGGGAAGCAGGAGCAGGGAGGCAUCUCCUGGGGAGGCUGGGACUACAGGCACCGGCACUGGUGGCUGGUCUGAGAGUGGGCAGGGGGGGCAGGGGGGCCAGGGGGGGCAGGGGGGCCAGGGGGGGCAGGGGGGACAGGGGGGGCAGGGAGGGCAGUGGGAGCAGCGGGAGCGCAGCCAGCAGCACAUACGCGCGAGGGGAGGGGGGUCCCUGGGGGGCUUCUCGUCUGCUUUGCCGCGUGCUGCUACUGUUGACGGCAGCAGCAUUCCCAACAGGAGCAGGGUCAGCGUCACCACUGAUGCUGCGGGGAUGCAUGAAGGCGCAAGGCCCAGGGUCCUCCUAGGCUCCCCAGCGGCAAACCCCAUAGGUGCAGCAGCAGCUGGGGGCGAGCAUGGGCACACCACAGCAGCUGCUCUAAUCAGCCCGCGGGAAGUCCGCAUGCAGGGGCAGGGAGGGCACGGCUCUCGUCCAAUUCUCGGUCCCCUCCCCCAGGGUGCUCCGCAGGACGGUCACAUGCCUCUUUCCCCGCACCUCGUGCAGCCUCUGGCUCGUGUGCCUGAGAGCAGCAGCGCAGAGGAGGGCGAUGGGCCGUUUGGUGUGCGGGAGACGCAGGGAGAGUGGGUGGGAGCGCCGGGAGGCCGGGUAGGAGUGCAGGGAGGGCUGGUGGGAGGGCCAGUGGGAGGGCGGACAGGAGGGCGUAUGGGAGGGCGUGGGCAGGCACCGCAGGGGGGAGGGUUUCGGCGGAUGCACAAGAGCAUGAGCGAAGGGGGUGACGGCACGUCCCUCGUUCCGGGAGUUAACCUGGGGCAGUUUGCUGGUGCUGCUGACGUGGAGGGUGGUGACGUGGACCUGGAUGACGUGGCAGGGGGUGUAUCGCCAGGUGGACGGAGGCUGCAGAGGAGGUAUACUGGGGAAAAGGUAAAGCAUCCUACGGGCGAACAGAGAGUCAAGACUCCUACUCGCAUGCCCUCUUCUGCUUCCACUGGGUCUGGUUAUAGCGAGGAUGUGCAGGCAUCAGGCAAAGGCAGGUCUAAGACUCCCACUCGCAUGCCGUCCUCUUCUUCUACCAGGUCUGAUUAUAACGGGGAUAACAAUCCUUCAGGUGAAAGGAGGUCCAAGACUCCCACCCGAAUGCCGUCUUCCGCUUCCACUGGAUCUGGUAACAAAUCUGCUUAUAGUGAGGCACUUGUUCGACCCAAAACGCCAACUCGUAGUCCCUCUGCUGCUUCAGCCUCCUCCUCUGGCUCAUCCUCCUUACAAGACGACUUGCUUGAAGACGAUGCCGCUUUAGAGGAGGUACAACAGUCGUUUUUCCGCGCCAAGGGGAAAAGGUUCCUGGAAAAAGCGAUGAAGGGGUUUAAUAAGCUUGUGGGAGGAGGCGUGGGAGCAGGGAACAUUCUGGGAGGGGAGUAUAGGGAUGUAGGGGCGUCGUAUGCGGUGCAGAUGGAUAAGGAGCUUGGGUCGGGACAGUUUGGAGUGACUCGUGUGGCGGUGUGCCGAGCCACGGGGGAGAAAUUUGCGUGCAAGACAAUCAACAAGGCUGCUCUGAAGAGCAAGUCAGAUGAGGACGACGUGAGGCGCGAGGUGACUAUAAUGGAGAUGGUUAAAACGCAUCCUAAGGUGGUGAAGCUGAAAGAGGUCUUCGAGAACGAACAGGCCAUCCACCUGAUAAUGGAGCUGUGCUCGGGCGGCGAGCUGUUUGAUCGAAUCAAGGAGCGGCGGCGGUACAGCGAGAGGGAGGCGGCGGCGGUGAUGCGGGCGGUGCUGGGCGUGCUGCACAGCUGCCACCAGCGGCACCACGUGCUACACCGCGACAUCAAGCCCGAGAACAUCCUCCUCGCCCACCCCUCCUCCCACACCGACGUCCGCGUCAUCGACUUUGGAGUCGCCACCAUCCUCAAGCCAGGUUCCAAGCCGCUGUCUGAUUUUGUUGGUUCUCUCUACUAUGUCGCCCCAGAGGUGGUCGAAGGCUCUUAUGGCUUCCCAGCGGACGUGUGGUCGGCAGGCGUUGUAUUAUACGUGCUGCUGGCCGGCGUGCCGCCCUUCUGGGCCAAGACAGAGGCUGAUGUGACCAAGGCGAUCCGGGAGGGGAAGUGGGGGUUCCGGGGUGCUGUGUGGCGGAAUGUGUCAGAGCCUGGCAAGGAUCUGAUUUGCCAGCUGCUGACGCACAACCAGAAGAAGAGAAUCACUGCCCGUGCUGCCCUCGAGCAUCCCUGGCCCUCUCCCCUCCCAUCCAUGACCGCGCAAGUCGCAUCCAUGUCGGCAGUCGCGUCGCUAGGAGUCACCGUCAAAUCCGCCUCGACAUCCGCGAUCAACGAGGGCUCUUCUUAUACCGAGGAUGCCGUUUCCACUCCGAUCACCGGCGGCAUUCCCGAGGGCCGGCCGGUGACCGCCCCCACGGAGCUGUCUCCGCAUUUUGCGGCGGAUGCGGCGGCGGCGGAUCCGGUGGUUCGGUUUACGGUGGCGGAGCAAGUAAAGAAAGGCGAGGACUUUCACAUGGCGCUCGCUAAGUAUCGGCUAGGCGGCGUCAACUGCGGCGUGUACUGCGUGUUCGACGGGCACAACGGCACGGCGGCGGCGAUGCAUUGCAAGAAGGAGCUGCUGGGGUUUGUGAGCGAGUACCUGCCGGGGGGGUCGUCGUACCGAGAGGAAGCGGGGGAGAAGGGCGAGGAGGCGGAGGGGCCAGCCGUCCGGAGCGACAGCAACGAUGGCGAUAGUCUCGGGAUGGACGGUCACAGUGGCAGCCGCGGGGGACUCGCGCGAUUUACACACACGCUACACCCUUAUUUUCCUUCGCCUCUCCCCUCCCGCAUACAACACCCUUCCUGUAUCCCAACACCAGGCGGCCAGCCGUCAGGAGCAACAGCAACGGUGGCGAUAGUCUCGGGGUGGACGGUGACAGUGGCAGCAGUGGGGGACUCGCGGGCCAUCUUAGACACGACGGGAGGGGGCGUGACACCCCUCUCAAUUGACCACCGAUUCGAAGUGUCCGAGGACGAGUGCAACAGAGUGCUCAAGGAGGGCGGCCAGCUCGCCAGGCUUCGGACCUUCGAUGGCACGCAGCUGGGCCCGCUGCGCAGCUGGCCAGGAGGGCUUUGUGUGUCGCGAUCAAUAGGCGACGUGGAUUGUGGCACGUUCAUCACGCCUCUGCCGCAUGUCAAGCAGAUCCAGGUCCCACAAGACGGAGGCAGGGUGGUGAUGGCGUCUGAUGGGCUGUGGGAUGCAGUGGAUUCAGACAAGGCAGCUAGGCGCUGCAGAGGGCUGCCCUGCACUGCUGCUGCUCCUCUUCUAGUCAAGGAGUCCAUAAAGGCCAAGGGCCUCAGGGACGACAUCACUGGUACGUUCCAUUCCAUCGCACUUGCUGCUUCCAUCGCACUUGCCGCUCUGUCCUAUCAGAGCAAGAGUUACUUCAGCUAUCUCCCCAGGUCCCCAAGGGGCUAA